AUGCCUUCAGUCAACAUUUCACUAUUAUCAUUGUCAACAAAUGUCACUGAUAACGAGAGCCAACGAGAUCCAGUUAUUAACACCACUAUGUUUGGAUUGCUUUAUUGGGUUUUAGGCCUAACUGUUCUAGAAGCUCUCCUAUGUUUUGGUGUAAUAUUCGCUUUUUUUUUGCUAAUUCGAUAUUGCCUAGAAACUGUUUCAAUAGACAAUCUUUCAAAGAGAGCAGUUUUUAUCACUGGAUGUGACACUGAACUUCAGAAUUCCACAACUUCCUGA